ACGCCACAGGGCAUGCUUUAUAUCGCUUCGCCAUUCGUUUUGUGUACGCGUCUUUAAAGUCCACGUUAAAAAUUUUUUCUUAUUGUUCAAAAAAAAAUAAUAAACCGACCGCGUUUUGUUUAGUUUUCUUUUAUUUUACAAUUUUUUUGUUUACCCAGUGUCUUUUCUUUUAAGUUCGUUCUGUUUAUCGUCUUCACCAUCCAAAGCGGAUUUUUAAUUUUUAUUUCAAGAAUAAGUGUAUGUCCACUUCAAAAACAUCAUUUUACGUAAAUGUGGCAAGGACCACGUCAUCAUCAAUCGCAGCAAAAAUGUCUCGAUCACCAGCAAAUAUCACUGCCGCACACUUUGGCCUGUCAUCGUCAGUUUUCGAAUGGUUCAUCAGAAGCAUCAUCAUCAUCAUCUUCUUCGUUGCACGGCCAUCAUCAGCCGCUUUUGCACUUUCCGCCUCCGCCCAAUUAUCCGCCUCCUCAUCCUGUAGAUAGAAUGUCAGAGGAUUUUUUAAACCUCCCAGGACCGUCUAGUCAACCCGACCCGGCCUGGGUUGGUCCCGGCCCAAACGAUUAUUCCUAUGCUUAUUACGAACCAGGUCCUCCAACGAGACACACUAACAUUCCGCCCUGUAGAUAUCCGGGCGGUGGCACAGGAAGUAUCAGAAGAGGUGGUUUCCGGGAAGGCUCUUAUAGAAGUAAACAUACUUACUUAACGAGGUAUGGAACCGAAGAGAAUAUCUACGAGGAGAUAACUGACGGGACUAGAGCGAGAAUGAGGUCGUCCCAGCAAAGUAUUUUCUCCCUAAACCAAAGAUAUGUGGAGGAGGAAGUUCGGCGAGUGCAAAGUGGACACAGAAGGGUUCUUGGAGAAUUGAAUCUUUCUGUGGAAGCUAUGUUAAUGCCGACUAAUAAUUCUAGAGAAGGUAGUGAGGACAAUGAUAGGGACGAUGAGGUCCAUGAUCAAUUGGCGGAUUUAUUGACUGUCGGUCCAACAGAUGACCUUUUAUCCCCAGUGCCCAUGGUUGACUUGGAUAGUGGUUUCAGUGGUAGUUCGAGUGGUGCUAGUUACAGGAGUGCAGCCGGAAGUCUGAGGAGAGGUCCUGAAAAGAAAUCUAUCCACACCGCAACUACUAGUAACGCUGCGAAAACGUCUUCUCCAUCGAGUAACGAACCGAGCCCAACUAAAAGCUUUUGGAGCAAAAAGGCAUGGAAGAAACUAGGGCUAAGCAAUAUUAGUUUGAAUAAGAGCAAUAAAGAUGAGCCAAAGGUUCGAUCAGGAAUUUGGGAGGACACAUCAUGUGAUAGAAGAAUGGCACCACCUAUGGUUCACACAAGAAGUCUUCAACACACCAACUUUCAACGGAGUUCUGAAGAUAGUUGGUGUUCUGCAAGCGAUCCAGAUCUUUCAUCUGAUGAUGAAAGUGAUAGAAGCGCAGCGUCUAGCACUAGAAGCAGUGGGCAAUUACGAAAUACCAUAAGUUCAAAAGCACGAACUUUACGCGACAAACUUCGAAGUAGCGGUGGAGCUGGUGGUGGUCAUCGACUUUCUUUGGAUUCGUCCAUAGAAACGUCCCCGCAAAACCAUGCGAAUCAAGGUAGACUAUCUAGAUGGUUUUCAAUCAGACGGGGAUCUGCGCAUCAAUAUGAUAUUGAAAAUUUAGAAAAUAAUAGAAAUCAAGGCAACGGGAAAAUGCCGCUAUUACCUGAGGUUGAAGAAGAAACAAGUUUUACACAUUCAGCUUCUCACCGUCGGCAAAUUCCACCAUCCUUACCACCAGCUCCGUCAAAUUUAUCUCAACCCCAGUUAAAAAGGAGAAUGAUAGUCGCCGCAAUUGUACAUAGUGAAAAUUCAUACGUAGCAACUUUACAAAAAUUAGUCAAUGAUUACAAGAAGCCUCUAGAGGAAAGCAACCCACCAAUACUAAGCGGGACCAAGAUAUCGACUUUAUUCCACAAACUACCCGAAAUACUACAGUGCCAUAAUUUAUUUCGAUUAGCGUUAGCGGGAUACGUAAAAAAUUGGGAUAGAGAUGAGAAAAUCGGCGAUGUUUUUGUCGCUUCUUUUUCGAAAGCCGUCGUUUUAGAUAUUUACAGCGGAUUUAUCAAUAAUUUUUCGGUCGCUAUGGAUUUAGCCAAAAUGGAAGCUAAAAGAAAAUCGGCUUUGGCCGAUUUCUUUAAAGUUAAACAAAUUAGUUCGCAUGAUCGAUUAUCAUUUUUUGGAUUAAUGGUUAAACCUGUGCAGAGAUUUCCACAAUUUAUACUAUUUUUACAAGAUUUAUUAAAACAUACUCCACAAGGUCAUCACGAUCGAAUGUCUUUACAAUUAGCUUUAACUCAACUUGAAUCUCUAGCAGAAAUGUUAAACGAACGUAAAAGAGAAGCAGAACAAUUCCAGGCGUUCAAAGAAAUGCUGAGAAACAUAAGCGGGAAGUUUUCAGCCCGACCAUUAUCAGAUGCCAAUAGAUAUUUGCUGAGAGAAGAUAACGUUAUGCAAUUGGAGUUUAAUCAAUGUGGAAGUGUUGCCAAAGCAAAAAAUCGUCGACUUCUACUAUUAAACGACUUGGUGGUGUGCGUAUCGGUCGCGCCAAAGGCAUCCGACGAUUUCGGAGCCAGCGAAAGACUGAGUUUAAAGUGGACUUACCCAGUUUCCGAAAUAGAAAUUCAAGAUACCAGUGCAUCGCCGACUUUAAGCAGACUUUUAACGGCCAGCUUCAACAAAAGCGGCAGUCUCAAAUCGAACGCUUCUUUCGAAGGUACUCAACCCCAAGCGGAUAAUCUCUGCACUGAAAUGAGCAACUUAAUGCACGAUUACGAGGUUAUGAGUAGAAUAAGCGAUCUAAUCGGGUCGUUAAGAGGGAACUAUAAGGACAUCACGCUGGAUAACACAAAGAGAAUUCUUCAACAGAUACAAAGUUCGAUUCAACAUAAAGAUGAACAAAUGGCUUGGGUCGAUUCUUGUUGUCUUCAACUAGUCGCUAAAUCUAAGGGGAAAGAGGAAGUAUUCACUUUCCAAACUGAUAAUCCUAACGUUAAAAAAGAAUGGAUUACUGAAUUGCGUUUGGCUCAAUUGGCUUUAGAUCCUAAUAAUUCACCAGCUUGGGAUGUUCCUGAAGAGGAACAGAGGCCUUCUACUAAAAUGCCUUUGUAUGUUAGAGCUCAACCUGUUUAUAAAUCACAGCAUCAAACAGAGGUACGCUGUGGUUGUUUCUAUACAAUAUCAUCCCAAAGACCAACACGUCGCCGAAGCAAAUCACAAAGUUACCUGUGGGUUUGUACAACAGAUGGUGCAAGCAGUCAUAUUGCGAUUUUAGCCCAAAAUCAUCACCAAGCCAGUCUUCUCCGCGAUCUCUCCUCAUUCUCCUUAGUUGAAACCCAAAUUACCGCCAUGGAAUACGUAAAAGGUGCACCACCUCCAUGUCCAAAUCUAGCUGUUGAUACAGUUUGGAUGGGUACAGAUAGCAGAAAACUUCUUUUAUACGCAGCUGAUGAGCCUGAAAAACAAGAAGAAGUCGCCAAUACAACAGUACCAGAUGUAAUCACCCAAAUAAAAAAUCAUUGCGGCUCUGUUUUUGUCGCGUUAAGAAAUGGAAGUUUAUUGGUGUAUAGUAGAAAUCAACACUCAGAUGGAAGUUGGAUUUUAAAUAAUCCAAUUAAAAUUACGUUAGGGAUAGAUCCAAUUGCUUGUUUGUUACCGAUUAAUAUGAGCAUUUACGCAUCAUGCGGGUUAAAAGUGUUUGUAAUAAACGCGAUUAAUAUUGAAGUGCAAAAAAGUUUUAGCAUCCAACCGGAUUACGGAACCCAAAUUAAUUUAAUGGCGCAUAGCGGAAUUGGGUUAUGGAUAUCGGUUAAACAAUCAAGCACUUUAUGUUUGUAUCACACCGAAACGUUUAAACAUCUCCAAGACAUCGACAUCGCCUCGAAUGUUUUAAGAGCAACAAAUUACAAUAGAAGCGACACGACUAAUAUAAAUUGGUAUCGUUCGCAAAUGCACGUCACCGCGUUGAUGGCUUGUAAAGGAUUGUUGUGGGUUGGCACAGCUUUUGGGAUAUCCUUAACCAUUCCUUUACCGCGUUUAGAAGGGGUUCCGAUAAUUAGUGGAAGAGUUAACAUAUCACAUCAUGCACAUUACGGACCAAUUACAUUUUUACUCGCUCUACAACCAAAGAACACAAACACCCCAGCAUCGAAAUUAAUCCGAGAAGAUUCGAAACACGAAAACGAAACUAUGGAAAUGAACGAAAAUCGACAUCGCCCGAAAAUCGAAAAACAACUUUCAGACUCAUCAAUGUCUUCUGUAGCAAAACUUAAACAACAAUUAACCAGUUCACCAGUGGUCAUCCGACGACGUCGAUCAAAAGACUCAGAUUUAUCGAGAUUAAGUAAAACGUUACCGAGAGGACUUGGAAAUGGUUCGUUUUCAACGAGCACAACAUCUUCACAAGGUUCAGGCGAUACUUGCGACGUAUAUGGAUUAUACAUGGAUUUAAUGUACCCCAUAGAUUAUGAAAGCGAUGAUCACGCUUUAACAGAUACCAUUUAUGAAUCUCUAAGGCGUAGUGACCCGGAAUUAGCCGCUAUACCUGGAAAAGUUUCAACGUUAGAUCGAAGAUUAAAAAUGAAAGUUAGCCGACCAAGAUCGUUAGAUCUAUCAAAUUGGUCGGUGGAUUCAAGGUCUUCUUCUUUAUAUACUUCAUCGGGAAGCGAAGAAAGUAUGGCUAUUCGUGGUGUAGGAAGAAGCGUAUCAAGAAAUAAUUCAAACGCAAGCAGGCAAUUGAAUGGGGUCUGCGAAAAUAGUGAAAAAGAGAUUCGACCGCAACCAACGAAAACUUUACCAAGGAAUAACACAAUCGAUAAUUCAAGAAGAACAGUGAUUACUUUGAUGGGUGGUCGUGGAUACGUGAAUACAAGACAGAGGUGUUGUUCGGUAGAAAAACUUAAAACUCCCACACCAUCUAAAGAACCUAAUAAAAACGAUGCCCAUAUUGUUAUAUGGGAACUUAAAUUGUGAUUGUUAAAAAAAGAAAACGUGGCAAAGUAAUUGAUGGCCUAAAAUAAAAAUAUUAAAGGUCUUAAAGUAUUGAAAUUCAUAAAUCAAAUUAAAAAAUAAUCGAAGUAAAAGGACAAGUCUGAUAAUUAAUUUUAGGACAAACUUAAUUAGAUUGUCCUAAAUAAAUACUGUAAGUUGUUGUUUUUCAUUCCAAAAUGUUUAAGAUAAACGUUGUUAAAGUGGAUUUUAAAUACGAUUUUUGUAAAUAAUUUUUUUUCUUUCUAAAAAAAAGAAAAUCAAAAAAUUUUCAAAAAAAAGAACACAUCUGUUGGUACCUAUACUAUUUUAAUAAAAAAAAUUAAGAUGUGAAUUGAGAAUGAAGAGAUUUCUCAUUUUAACUUUGUAAAUUGUAUUUAUUCUAGAAUUAAUUUAUUUUUCGAAUCGUUAAUUUUCUAUGGACCACGUUAAGCUAUAUUUUUCAUCCCAUCGUUUGCAUGUAUUUGCCUUGAAUAUCUUCUUUUUGUAUAGUAUAUAUUUAAUAGAUCGCUGUGUUAUAAACUAUUAUUAAAGAAGAACGUCUAUUAUACAUUUAUGAAAUAUAUGUUGUAUAUAAUAUUAAUA